UUCCAUACGUCAACACGACCAAUUGUACCUUCGAGAGCGCUUCUAUAGUCAUCAUACUGCUUCAGAGUCAUCAAUUGUAUCUUCAAGCGUUCUUACAUCUUUAAUCUACUGCGCCAGAUUCGUCACUUGAACGUCAACAGACGAAUCUGCCAUCGCCGACGCAAUCAUGGAAUCCACCCAGAAAGAGAUAUACGAUCUCCUCAUCCUUGUAGACGCGACGUAUUCUAUGAGCGAUUACCUCGAAUCAUUACAGUUGUCUUUGCCGAAGGUCAUUGCCAUCUCUACCUUGACUGAUUGUUUUGCUCGCGUUGGUCUCUUAGCAUACAGAGACUAUUGUGACAAAAAGUUACUGGAAUGGUCGGGCUGGCUUGAUCCUUCGGAAAGUGACAAAGAUUCUCAGCCAGACCUCAUCUCGCUGGCAAAGUCUCUGGACCCUUUCGGGGGCGGCGACUAUGCUGAAGCGACCAAGACCGGGUUGGCAAAGGCGUACGAGGUGAUGAGACCAGAGGCGACGACCAUCAUCCUCGUUUACACAGAUGCUCCUCCUCACUCGCUUAUCAAUGGAUCCAUGACUGAGGAGUGGUCCAACCUUGGCAAAGAGAAGAAGGCGCUCAGUGACCCUGCGUCAUAUGGUGGAUAUGGUCCUCUGUUCAAUGACUGGGUAUCUGCGAGCAAAACCCUCCACUCUGGGGAGAAGAAAGCUCAGGUCUUCUGUAUUCUGGAACCCUCGAUGGCCUGGCAGUACGUCGGUCAUUACAACUAUCUCUCCACGAUUACUCGCGGUGCAUGCCUCUAUCUCAAGGACUCCAAGCCUCUCGGCAUUUCAGAAGUAACUGUUGAAAUGCUUCUCGCAUGGAUGGGCGUUGAAAAGGCUGGAGUGACCAGCGCACCCCAAAAGCUUUCGGCGUCGUUGUCUCGAUAUAUCAAUGUCAGUGCGAUCAAGAAGGCCAAGGACGAGACUGAUCCCGCGGCGGAUACUUACUUCGCCGCCACCAAGAAAGAGGCAGAUGCGAAGAAGUUGAUUAUGAAGAACAUCACUGAAGUCCAGCUUACCACGGAGAUUCUCAAGAAGCAUUUGCCUAAGAAGAAGACUCCGGUACAGGACUUCGCGAAGCGAUACAAUACCGACGAAGCGUACAAAGCGGUGGCUGUCGAGCAUCUCACCAAGAUCAUCAAAGAAGAUGUUUCGGCGGUGUCACUCAACCCGGUGUUUGGGAGCCUCUGGCGAGCGGUCUGUAACGACAGGAACAAUAAAGCUCGAGAUAGACUGAUAUCCGCAUUCGGUCUCCAGAUUGAAAGGAUAGCCAAUGCAGAGGAAAAGGCUCGGAUGAAGACUUGGCUCGAGGAGUCUUAUGAUUAUACGGCCGAUGUCCUGGAAGCAGUCGAGUCCGUCCCCAAAGAUCAGCGAUUCCCCUGUGUUUUCCUUGAUCCCACUUUGGCCUUUGUCAGACCAACCAACGAAGAUGUCGAUGACGAAGACGAAGAAGAUCGUCCCAUCACUAAAUUCCGUCGCGACGAGCUCCUUGAGAUUGGAAGGUCAUGCGAUUACAAGAUACUCCGACGUCUUGGGAGGGUCCUCACGCGUCUCACAUUCGCGGAAUCCGCUGAAGAUUUCCCGGCCCAUAUUGCAGGCAGUAGCGACGAAGAUGUUCCCAAGAUUCCCAUGGCGCUUGCCAGUCAGGAAUAUGGGCGCAAAUUCUGGAGAAUCUUACUUCAUAUCGUUGUCCCAGGAACGAUGCUGGCAGCUCGCCCAUCUGCACUUCUAGCGGCCCUCAGUAUCCGGUUAGGUGUACAGCCAUUAUUGAAGGCCGCGGACACGGAGAUGCUGAUUUGGAAGGACAAGUGGAACAACCUCGAAAUUCCAGAGACAUGGAAUGUCAGCUGCCUUUCUCUUCUGCUAGAUGCCGACCAGGAAUAUCGACAGAGAAUGAGCACGGAAGGAGGGACGACUAAAUCGAAGCUUUUGAAGGAGAGUGAUCGAGCUCUCUUCAAACGACUUGUCGAAUACAAGAUGCUUGAGCUUAACCUCAACACUCAUUUGUCAGCUCUAAUCGGCUGGACCCCUGAAAAGACAUCCGUGUCUAUCGGCCCCAUUGUUACUUGUCGAUCCUGCAAAUAUCCGCGCUCGGUCUCCGUCAUGGCAAAGAAUGGCCAGUGCGGCCCAUGCUCUGCCCGCGACUAUAAGGACGAGAAGGAAAAAGAGGCCUACAUCAACUGCCGAGUAACGAAGUCAGACGACGAGAACACUCAGGCCUCAUGGGUUGAGUGUUUCAACAGGGAGUGCCGCGCUCAAUACGUCGUCUACAACGUAGAAGCACUGAACGUGCGUGCGAAGUGUCAUUACUGUCGAGUCCCUAACUUGGGCCACGCACCUGUGCUCGAAUGCACUCAGUGUCUCAAUCGCGUCAUCUACCCAGAAGAAUACCGCCCAUCUAAUUUGGCCAAAUCCGACUUCAAAUGCUAUGCUUGCGUAUCCAAGCGCACCACAAUUGUCGCGGUAGAAACCAACGCCAACAAGAUCUGCCAGGAAACCGACAAAUCCUUCUGGCUUCUCAAGAACAUGUCGAAUAAGAUUGCCGAUCCCUUCAACGGCCGCUCCCUUUUCCACACCAUCACCGCGUCCGGUACCGCAGACUUUGCUAAGCUUGUCACGCUUUUCCCGAACCCUUCUGCCCAGCUUAAACUCAAGGGGAAGCUCAUCCACAACGCGCCAGAUCUGAUCAAGCAUCUUCAAUCUUUCAUCUCUCGCCGCCGUACUGAAUCAGUCCCGUGCUCUCUUUGCUUCAGUAACUUCCGCCACACCGCGCUUCGCCCCGCAUGUGGUCGUUCUAGCUGCACUCAACGUAUCUGCGGGGGCUGUCUCCAGUCAUGGUACGGUCUCAACGGCUCAGGCCGCAUCAUCAACACCGCCGCCCUCUUCUGCCCAUUCUGCCGACGGGCUCCUGCCGCAAAGACGCUCCACGCUUACGGCCAGGGCAUACACGCCGUUGGCGGGCUGAAGACCGCAGUCGAGGAACGCGGGCAAUGGAUACACGCCUGGUGCGUUGAAUGCGGACACGCAUGUCGAUAUGUCGAAAGAGUGUGUGCUCGAGGCGCACCAGCCGAAGUGAAAGACUGGGAGUGUGAAGACUGCAUUCGCUACAUUGAAGCGAUGAACUCCGCGAAUGAGAACGCUAUCAAUGAGCUUCUAGAGCAACAGGAGCUCGAAGAUAGAGGGAUCCGGCUUCCGCAGGGCCGCGGCGGCAAUCGUGCUCAGAGAGCCCUUAGGCAGGGGUACACGCGACACAAGAUCGGGGGAUCGAGGGUGGUCAUCAAGAAGUGUCCGAAGUGUGGGGUGGACAGCCAGAAGGAUAGCGGGUGCAAUCAUGUUAUGUGUCCGGUCCGAGGUUGUGGAACGCAUUGGUGCUGGGAGUGUGGGGGUGCGUUUGAUGAGCUUGUGAUUUAUGAGCAUAUGGCGGACGAGCAUGACGGGAUGUAUGGGUAUUAUGAUAACUGAUGGAGACUGAGGGUACUUCCAAGAUGUAGGAGGAGACUAGGGGUAGAUUUGGAACGCUGGAGGAGUGUACAGACUCAUGUCAAGUCCUCGUAAUAUGCUGGCAUGGUUGAUUGGAGCAUUUCGCUUUUUUCAAUUCCUACAAAGGU